GGAAGCGCCAUAGACGCAAACAGGAUGUGCAGUCAUCCCAACCAUUUCCUACCGAGCAUUACUGCACAGGUCUUACAUAACCAUUAAAAGGCUGUUUACUCCAACACAAAUGUCAUUUCAUGUAUUAAACAGCCUAAUCUGAUAUGAAAAAAGACUUUAACCAAAUUGUCUGUUAUUUUGAAACUGUUUAAGGUGAAUUUAUUUCACUUUAGUAAAUCACGUUUUUAAAAAUUGAAAAUCAAAGCAAGAUGAUGCACGAUUUUAUGCAAUUUCAGUUGACACAUUUCCUUGCACAGCACCACAGAUAUGUGCAAAUAAAACAAGGCAGAACACUAUUGCAAAUAUGUGUAAAAUCAAUAAAUAGGCCUCUAAAAUGAUUAGAAAAACAUGUCAUCUUGUGAGAUGCAUUUGUGAAGUAAAUUAAGUAGAUGCUAAAAAUAGCAGGACCAUUGAGAGCUACCAAAAGUCUUGAGCUAUUUUUUUCAAGGUAUCAAUGGAGAGGGAGCAUUUGUGUGAAAGAGGAAGGCUCUUUCAUAACUUUGGAGCUGCUAGUACAAAAACACAAUCUGCCUCAUUCACCAGCCUCAACCAGGGAACAUUUCCACAGGAUCUGAGAGGCCUGGAGGUCGAGGAGGGACAGAGAAGCUCUCAACUCACCCAUGGCAUACGGGAGGUGGUACAGAGCACAUUUAAAACAGCAAUCCUUAAGUCAAAGUGCUUUAUAGUAACUAAUUUAUUGAUCUAAUUUAAAUUAUUGGAAAGAAUUUGCAGUAGUUAUUGUGCAAAUUUACCUGAGUUAUUGAAAUGCUAUGAUUAGGACCUUACAAUAUUAUAUAUAAUACAAAUUGUUGGGUUUUCCAGGACUAGUUUUGUGAGUCCUUAACUACAAUUUUAAAUUAGUGACAUAAUGUUGCAGAGUAUAUAGCACUGUUACUUUAUUAUUACUGUUAUGUAACAAAAAUUUAUAUUAUGCAUAAUACUGUCAGGUCCUAGUCUUUCUGUUUAAAUUUGUUAGGUCAUUUCAUAAUGUUCAUCUUAUUUCUUUAUAUUGAAGUGCUUUUGCUCAGCAGCUGUUAUUGCUGUUGUUUUUAUUAUUAAGUUCAACUUACAGUUUGAUAUAGUGUUGUUUUACAUUAAACACUUUUUUAAAAAGGUUAAAAAAUAGUGUUUUUGCAUUAUUUUUCAAAUUAUGCUUAUCAGAACUUUUUCAAACUUCUGAAAACUGAGCUAAAAUAAGGUUAUACACCAUGAUAUUCAUAGAAACCCACUCUUACUGCAUUGUAGGCUGAUUUGAAGGACUGAUUGCACCUAAACAGUCAAACAAGAGAAAAUAUCUGUAAUUUUUUGUCAUUUUUUUUUAUCCAAGUUAAACAUUUUUUAAAAGGUCAAAAAAUGGCAGCAAGGGUGGAUAAUUUUCUUAAACAAUAACUGUAGUAUUCACAAACUGAAAGGAGCAAUUAUCUGUAAUUUUUUUUCCAUUUUUCUCCAAACUGCAGACUUUAAAAAAAAGUUUAAACAAAAAAGUCAGAUUUAUCCAAAUUAUAAGCUUAAGAAAAGGUUAAAAAUAGCAACAAGGAUGAAUAAAAUAAAAUCAAUGAAUAAAAUACUGCAGUAUCCACAAGUUGUAAAAAAAACUGUCAAAAAAGAAGAAAAUAUCAGUAAAAUUUUUAAUGACAUCUCACAUUUUCCACCCUUGCCUCUCUUCUCCUUGUAGAAACAGAAAGAACAAAUAACAGCAAUAAAAUUAACACCUCUGAUUAAAAAUAGGUAAAUGCAGGUAGAAAAAUAAAUAAUUUGGUGUGAAAACCAUUCAAGGAAAGAUGGAAAAAUGGUUAAAACACACAUACAAAUAAGAAAUAAUGGAUAAUGGAACAAGCAAAGGAAUUAUGGAAACAAAAUCCCAGACAAAAACUAAACAAAUAAAAGGGAAAGCACAACAUCAAAUCACAAAUACAUUGAUUGUUACAGAAAAAUAUUUCCCCUCUUCGUUAUAUUCAAUUAUUAAAUUUUCAAAAAAUGGUUUUAUGAGUAAAAAUAGGCAGAUCGCGAGGAAAUUGUGUUAUGAAUGCGUUUUAACGGUUGGCUUCAUGCUGCAUUCAGAGUAUAUUGUUCAAAACAGCACCACGAUCUGUCUUACGGGAAUACCGUUCAUGUCAACUACAGCCACAGCUUGUCUGAAACAUCUUUUACAAACAUUUGAUCAAACUUUUGCUUCAAAUACACUCGCCUCGACACUGAGGCCAACUUGAAAUAAAGCAUGUUCUCCGCAUAUUGCUAUGAACGCAGCAUUAGCGCUACCCGUUAUUUCCACUGGUUUCCAGGGGCAACGCUUCCCGAAAACUCGCCUCCACCAAUCACAAGGCGAGAUCUUGCAAACGAGCCAAUCAGAGGAGCCGUUUGUGGACGACAACAACCGUUCUCUCCGCAGACAAAAGUCGAGAUUUGUGUUAGCAACAUGUCCUUUUGCUCGACAGUAACGCGAUUUAGCUGUUGAUAUGUGUUUGUUUGCGUCUUGAUUAUUCCUAAGCUCAGUUUUAAUGUUGUUUUCAACUUUUGGAGAGAAUGAGAACCAGAGAUUCACCGCCGCCGGUCCACGUCCACGUACCGGAGACCACACCUGUACAUGUUCAUAUGAAGAGGAGUCCCAGUAGAGCCUCACAGAAUAUGACUAAAGGAGAUACAGGGAGGCCAAAGGUCCGGCAGCCGUGGAUUCCUCCAGGAAGACUGUCCAGCCGGAGACAUGAGGGCUCCUACAAGCGUCAGCCGAGCCGAGCGCAGCAUCAGUCGGAGAGUGGGAUCAGACGUCAGCGUGAUGCCGAAGAGACCGACGACGAGUUCACUGCCGCUCCUACAAACCUGGGUGUCCUACUUAGAGAGCAGGAAAGCAUCCGGCGAUUAAAGAAGUCUGACUCUGGGGGUCACCACAGAGCGACGGAUGUUCUCCUCAGGGCUUUGGUCGAGGCAGAAAUCGACGGCGUUGCUGUGGCUAAUCAGCUGACAGCCCUGAGGGAAACCACGGACAGCCUCACCAAGGACAAGCGUCUGUCUAAAAUCCACGCCGCCUCUCUGGGACGACAGCGGGAGUUGCUGCUGGAGAAGAUGGAGAUGUUUGACAGCACCAAUCACAGCCUCCGAGAGCUGCUCAGAGAGCGGAGCGAACACGAGAGAGAACGGCUGGUGUGGCUGGAGCAGAAAGAGGCCGUAAAGAAGAGGCUGGCCGACUGUGAAGCAGAGAACGUCAGACUUCUGGCCAGACUCACCAACAAGGAGAAAGAGGCCUUAAAGCUCACCGAGCAUUUGGACUUUGAGAAGGACAACGCCAAGACGACGGAGGAGCUUUCGAGGAUCCUUCAGUCGACCAGAAACCAUCUGGAGUCUCAGCUGGAGCGAGCCGAGGCUGAAAAGGCCCAUCUGUCUGCUCAGAUUCAGAAGAUGCAGCAGAACCACGAGCAGCAGCAGGAGGAGCUCCAGGUUCUACAGGAGGAGCUCCAGACUGUGAGGCAGCAGCAGGAGGAGGACGAGGAGCAGAAACAGGACCAGCAAACUCUGCUUCUUCUCACCCAGCAGGCCGAGAGAGCCGAGGAGGCCAACAGGAAGCUCUCAGAGAAGCUCCAGGAGAAGGAGCUGCAGCUGUCUCAGGCUCUGUCCACAUCCAGUGACUGGUGUCUCCGUCACACCAAGGAAGCAGCUGCUAGAGCACAGCUGGAGGAGGAAAGCUCUGCUCUCAGGCUACAGGUGACUGAGCUGAACUCUCAGCUUCAUUCGGUGGAGGAGAAGAGUCGGCUGGAGAGGGAGGAGCUCAGGGAUCAGCUUCAUCAUUUCAGCGCUGAGAACACCUCCACCAAGCUGGACAACCAGAAACUGAAGGGCGAUGUGACGUCCUGCGAGGAGAAACUCAGAGGGCUCCACUCUGAAGCUCGACAGCUAAAAUCAUCCAUCAGAAAGUAUGAAAACCUGGUGGAGAAGUACCAGAAGAAGGUCCAGCAGGCUCGUACUGAAUCCGAGGAGUCCUGCCUGAAGCUGGAGGUGGCCCAGAAGGAGGCCCGGGAGCUGAAGGUGAGCCUGGAGAGGGAGAAGGAGCAGCUGAGGAGGGAGCUGCUGGGUCGGAUCAGAGAGCUGGAGACGCUGCCGGACCGACUGAGGAGGAGCGAGCAGCAGCUGAGAGACGUCCAGCAGGAGGCGGACGGACACCAGAGGAGGAACCUGGAGAACAGCGCCGCUCUAUCUGAAGUCAGACACAAGGUGGAACAACAGGGAGCUCAGCUGGAGACGUUCCAGCAGAGGAACCUGCUGCUGCUGGAGGAAAACAACGUUCUCAAGGAGAAAAUCCACAACUUAGAGAGGAGGCUGGAGGACCUGAAGGCAGAAAACAAGGAGACGAUUCAGACUCUGACUCUGAAGGAAGCCGACGUUCGAAGCGUUCAGCAGCAGCUGGAGGAAAAGACUCGAGAGUGCAGCGUGGUGUCCAGACAGCUGCACCAGGCGCUGGACGACGCUCAGAGACAGGUGGACAGCAGCAUUCAGAGGGUUCUGGUCAAGGAGAAAGCGUCCCAGUCGAAGGCGUUGGACCUGCAGAGUCAGCUGAGCCGAGCCAGAACAGAACUGAGCCAAGUGCAGCGAAACAAAGAGGAGAUGGAGCGUCGUUUCCAGAGUCAGCUACAGAACAUGAAAGAACGUCUGGAACAAUCCGACUCCACCAACCGCAGCCUGCAGAACUACGUCCACUUCCUGAAAACCUCCUACGGAAACGUGUUUGGAGAGUCUUUACUGGCCAGCUGACGGUGAAACUCUCCAACCUUCCAUCCUCUGAUCGUUUAUCCACUUACUUUUAUUCAACCAUUCUUUAUUGUCAUGACGACACAAAAUCAACAAGUCAAAAAAAUAAAUACAUAAAAAUAAGGGCAAUUACAAGCAAUAUAAACAAAAUACACAAGUGUUUAUGAGUGGUAAACUAUGAGGUGUUAAACAUCUGCUUUUAUCCUGACAGCUUUAUGAUGUCUGUAGAGUUAAUAAAGCUUGUUAAAAACAUUUUACAUUUUGAUCCCUGGAACUUUAUAUUCUUCAGUUCACAGUCCUGUUCGUUUUUUUAUUCAAAAUCUUCCAUCAUUCCGGGUUUUUCAGACUUAGAAUGGACUUUUUGCACUGUAUAAGUAAAGAAAAUGAGUCUGUGUUCUCAUAUUUGACUGAAAUUUAUGUAUUUGUCUUUUAUCUUUGACCAUUUGAUGAACAGAAAUGUCUCUUGGGGUUGAUUAAAUGACGCCAUUUUUAACAGAA